AUGAGGCUUCUUGACCUGCCACUGGAAAUUAUCGAUCUGAUCAUCGACCGCAGUACGCCAGAGGGACUGGAAAGCUUUGCUCUCUCGUGCACUUCAGUCUACCAACGAGCAAGACCACGACUUCAGCAUCACAAUGCGUCCAAAAGGAGAUGGGGCUCCACCACCAAUGCAAGUCGUGCCCGACGUGGAGACACACUGGCACUUCUACACGAAAUUGCUCGUGAACCAAGGAUAGCGCGAUACAUUGAAUCUUUGAGUCUGUGGGAUCGACGAGCAGAGGAAGAUGUAGCUGACGCCGAUGCCACACCAAGUUUUCGCGAUAGUGUGGAAGCAAUGAACAGCAUCAAAGACUUGCUACACCACGCAGAAUAUUUUGCCAAUGCCGAUCUGGAACAAUGGUGGACACAAAUACUCCUGGAGGAUCAACGUCCAGAGACAGACGGCAUAGAUAAGCUUUGUGCAACUAUCGCCUUGUUGAGUCUUUUACCUAAUCUCAGGCAGCUACAACUACCCGACAGAUGGCAUGAAGUUCGGGAAUCAGAAGCAGCAGAAGAACUCGUGCCAGCCGUUGAAUCACUCGUCGCCAUGGCAAACACCAAAGGGCCCAAUCCGCGAGCACUGGGCUCACUUGAGACCAUUCUCCCUUUUGUGGAAGAAGGCUAUGAUGUUAGAGUCGGUUUACAAUGUCUGCAGCCUAAUAUGGUCCUCAACAGUAUACGUAACCUGUACGCUGUCAGCUGUGUCGCCGUCCAAGAUGACUGGGCCGGCAUACCCUUCAACUGGCCCAACCCAAGCCUGAAGUCACCAUUGACAAGGAUCGAAUUUGCAUGCUGUUGCAUGGACGCUAGUGCUCUUUCCGUCUUACUCGCCAACACACCAUCGCUCACCGUUUUCAAAUACUCUCACCAGUCAAAGUGGGACGGUCUUGAGUUCGACUGGAAUCCAGGCGCAUUCUUGGAGGUCAUUGCCAAUCACACUGGCGACCGCCUACUCGAGCUUGCGCUGACUAUCGACGAGCUGCACGGAGAAAUCGUCAACGGCCUUUCAUCCUUCAUGCGAUUCCCAAAGCUUGAAGUACUGGAAGUUGAUGUCGAAACUUUCUGCGGACCGCCAGUUGAGAGUGGACAGCGACGGGGUAGAGACGGCUUUGUCCCAGAGGGUGCGGCUCCUUGGACCUACAUGGACAUACCAUGCAUGGGCGACAUGCUACCAGAGAGCAUUCGUGAACUACACGUAAACACCAACUUCCCAAGACCAUCCGUGCAAGCUCUUCUAUCACUAUUCAAGAACAUCAAAGAUCGUCGGCUAGAUAAGCUCACAAAUCUAAAGGUCACAGUGAUCCGGCAGUACCGAGCAAACACAGCCCAGGAGAUUGCGACAAGCUACGGCGUGACACUAGAGGCAUUCGACAAGGAUGUUGAGAAUCCAAGGCCAAGGUCAAUGAUGCCGUUGUGGAAGAGAAGAUUCGACGAUACGGUGGGUGGGAUAGUCAUGUCUGAAGAGUAG